AUGCUUGAACGAACUGUAAACAAUAGCCCCGACAAGCGAAGUCCAUUCCAAAUGCACAUUGACACCGUUGCCCUUUGGGAAAGGAAUCCCAAGUGUGCCCAGAUCUUGGCAGACAAUCACCUUUGGUGCAAUUCCGUUUUGGAAGCCGACCGUCCCAAGCCUCAUCUGUUCAAGGAUAUCAUGUCUCUGAACGGUCCACAGGAAGUGCUGCUGGCAGGCAGCAGCGCCUCUUAUGUACAGAAGGAGCGCAGGAUUCUAGGAAGCUGCUUUGUGGAACGACAACACUGUGAAUGGUGUGGGGGACAUGUUUCCGUGCCGUACGCCGACUUUGGAUGCUCCGGUCUACCUUGUACAGACAUGUCUCGAGCCGGUCUGCAGGCGAAACGUGAUGGCUCGACCAACACCGUCUACAUGACCCACGGAAAGUUCGUUGAGAGCAAGAAGAUACCGCUUUUCGUGAUCGAGUGCACACCGGAACUCGACAUGGGUAUGGUGGAAGAAACUCACAGUGGGUACGACUUCUACCAACUCUUCUUCAGCAACGACCAGACCGGGCACGCUGGCGCCGCACGAGACAGGACCUAUGUCAUAGCCUCCAGGCAGGAUACCACCUCGUGUCAGCAGGACCCCGAGGCUGUGCUCCACAGGAUUGGGCGCAAGAUGCGAGGCAAAGUGCGGACCCAGCCACAGGACUACUUGUUAGCUGACAACUUGGAGAUCUUUCUGGAGGCGAUGCAAGUUGAACCUGUGUCUGUCGUCUUGGGGGAUAGCAUGGACCUGAGGCCACUGUUGAACCCCCGAGAGAGACGUGCGCUGGAGCAGUACGAGGCGGCUUACUUGGCUCGUUUCAAGGUCCCGGCAGCAACGGACAGAAACCUGGUAUGUUUCUUGGGGGACAACCCUUCUUACACUCUGAAUUGGAGUGCAAUCAGCCGACGAGUCCCAACUCUGAGAUUGAACUCCCGCUCCGGCAAGUUGUGGUUUCCUUCUCGGAACCGCUGGAUGGUGGCACGCGAGCGGCUGGCAACAUUGGGGUGGCCUGUGAGUGCGGAUAUGGCAGAUGCUAUGGGUUGCCCAGCACCAGUACCCAUGCGUGACUGUCUGCGUGCCUCUGAACUUGCCGGAAAUGCCAUGCAUUUCCCGUCGGUUGCGGUGGCUCAACUUUUAGCAUUGUCCUGUUUUGCGCCUUUGCGUCCCUAG